AUGGCCCCUACUGUGUAUCUUAUUUCCGGCGCGAAUCGAGGCAUCGGCCUGGCGCUCGUCAAGGCAUUGGCGAUGAGGGAGGGAGCGAUCGUGUUCGCUGGGGCGCGAAAUCCGGAGGGCGCGACGGAGCUGAGGGAGUUGGCCGCGGCGCAGGCUCCGGGGAAGGUGCACGUCGUGAAGCUCGUGUCGUCCGAUAAGCCGGGGAAUGAGGCGGCGAUCGAGGAGGUCAAGAGCAAAGCGGGCAGGUUGGACGUCGUGAUAGCCAACGCCGGGAUAUCUCAGUAUUACGGGCGCGGAGUCGACGCCCCUCCGGAAUCGUUUCGGGAGCAUUUCGAGGUCAACGUCGUAGGGACGCUCGUCCUCUUUCAAGCAUCGUUGGAGCUGCUGAAAGCGAGCACGCGAGCACCGAAGUUCGUCAUCAUCUCCUCUGGAGCGGGGAGCAUCACGGAGGGAGCUCAGAUGUCGCUGGGGAUGUUGCCGUACGGGGUGUCGAAAGCGGCGGAAAACUACCUCGCAAGAAAGUUGCAUUUCGAACACGAGCAAGAUGGACUGAUCGUGUUCCCAUUGAAUCCUGGUGCGACGGAGACCGAUCUUGCCAAGGGAGCCUUCGCCGGCGACGAGAAGGGUAUGCAAGGUAUAGGAUUCAAGUCCGCGGACGAGUGCGCGACGCAGCUGCUGUCCGUGAUUGACCGAGCGACUCGCGACGAAGAAGGAGGCCAGUUCGUGAACUUCGAUGGCGAGAGGCGCCCAUGGUAAACCCGCCCCGUCGAUCCAUGUACAAUGUACAGUGUACACAGUCGGUAUGUGCCUGAGAUCAGGGCGUCCCCACCGCGGAUGCAAAGACCCGCAGUUAUAAAAUGCCGAAGCCGCGGGUAACGGAUAGCUGAUAUUGGGUAUCGGGCGAAUUAGCGUGGACGUUCAGUGGAGAAAUCAUAAGAAAUCAUUGGUCGUCCGGGUACGGGAGAAGGGCCAGCACCAAGCGGGCGGGAAGGCACCCGCAAAGCGUUGCCGCAUAGUCAGCAAAUGUGAGGGAGAACGAGGGC